CUCUCUCUCUCACUCCCAUCCCUUCAUUUCGACAUACUCUAAUAUUCUUGCUGCUUCAUUUUUUAUACCCGUUAUUAUCGAUCUGCUCAUUGCGCCACCCUUUCGACUUCAAACUUGAACCGAAAAUUAGAACGAAACCCGUUGCAAUUAGCAUUGCAUGUCCGACUUUGAUCCAAACAGAACUUUGGCGAAUACCCCCAGUUCAAGCGGCAGGCUUGGCUCCAGCUUCAGCUCCUCGACGUCGGGCCUCAUGUCUUUGAUGAACCCCCUUCCACCGCCGGAGCAAACAUCUCGAUAUGCACACCUUCCAACGCCUCAGAGCCCGACUCACAAUACGAUGACGUUCAAUCAGUACAUGUUGCCGCAUACUCCAGAUACGCCCACCAAUUCGGGUAUGAGGCCGCCUGCGAGGAAGGAACCUGGUCCAGCAACGCCUCGUGCAAUGGGUAUGAUGACGCCCGAAUCGAGUCCUUUUGUAUCGAGACUGGCGCCACCUUACAGUGCCUCGAAUCUCCCUCGAACACCUACAUCUCGUCCCCCACCGUACGUAUCCGCUACCUAUUUAACUGUUGCUGUUCUAAUGCCAUUCUCUGCUAAGCCCAUUAGGGGGAGCCCGAUGCAUGUGGAUGAUGUGUUUUCUGUUUCCAAUGCCAAGAUCAGGCAUGCGAUGGCGCAGGAGCAGAAGGAAGUAGAGAAGCGUCGACCAGAGUAUCUGAAACGGAGCAAAAGACCACUGGAAGACGGAGAGGAGGGUUCUGCAGAGAGCUCGGUGGUAGGAAUCAUGGAGAGUCCGAAUAAAGGACGGCGGCUGAAGCUGUUCCAGGAGACGAGCGAGGAGAGUUUUGAGGAGAGUCUAAUGGCUGGAGGCUACGGGCGUUAUCGGACGGCCGACUGGGUGCGACAGCCCCAACCAAUGCUAGUUGCGCCAGAAGUCUCAGUGCUGGAAGCAGAAGAGCCGCCACCGCUGACGGAAAAGGAGCUGAAGAAACGCAAAAGACUUGAGGCUUUCCGGAGCGAGAACCAGUUGCACCAUGGUCCGUCAAGAUUGUUUCCUGUUGAAUUGGAAGGCAAAGGCCGAGUAUUACUGGAUAUCCCCAACGAGAGUUUGGUUCCAGAGGGCGGGAAGCGGCGGAACGGCGGGAGCAGUUCUAGGAGAAAGAAAAAGGACGGAGAGAAGGAAAGGAGCGCUGGGAUCGAGAUGGAAGAUAGCCCUAACUGGCCGGACAGUGAGUUCCCAUGGCGGCUGAGGACGGAGGAAAGGGCAGAGUUGGCGCGGGCGGAGGAAAAGGAAAGGCUUGGGUGGAUUGAACGGUUCUUGGAUCGGGAUACCGACGACGAGGGCGAUGGCGAAGGCGACGGGGAUGGCGAAUGGCGAUGCCAGUGCCGGGCACGGCGGGGUCGGGGCAAGAUGAUCGGGCUACCCGCUGACCCGGUAGGUGAACGACGACGAAGGCGAACAUUGCUGAGUAAACGCAGUGUCCGGGCUUUGGAAUACCGACGCGAGAAACGCCUCCGGGGCGGUGACAGCGAUGAUGAGGUCGUGUGCAUCUGUCGGGGGACUGACGACGGGCGGGAACUGAUGUGGUAUCACCUGGAAUGCAUAGGCAUCCGGAGCAUCAGGGAUCUCGGGCGGGAGGAAGGAUCCCUUGGUACUGCAGCGAUUGUCAGCUGCCGACUGACGUUGAGCGGGAAGGAAGAGGAGGAAGAGGAAAUUUACAGGGAGCCGACGUUCGCACCGACAGAUAUGGACUAUGCGCCUCGAAGGCGGGGGUACGACGCGAUCUUUGCCGCUGGCGCGAUUGAGGAUUCACCAGCAAGCCUCCAUUUGAUCCCUACGAGCACACCGUCGCGCGGAAUCAAGUUCAGUGGACCGUUUGCAACGCCCAAGAAUACUAUGUGGGGACGGGGAGCAGGACCGUUCUAUACGCCAGUAAGGCUUGACGAUUCGCCAGUAAGAAGGCAUGAAUGAAUAUAUUUUGUAGUAGUAGUCUUAGUAGGUACUAGUAGCAGUGCAAGUAUUGGUAGUUUAUUAUUACAAUGUAUCGAUGCAAAAUGCUUCUCUCGUGAAUUGCGUGAUGUGACGGGUG